AUGACAGAAUUAUGCGUUGAUAUCAACCUGAUUGGCAUAAAAGCUGUUGCGGACAAGGAGAUUCGGCUCAGAUGUGCUCGCCGGCGUGCACCUCUUGACCUUCUUUACGAACUUGACAAGGUUGAGGAAACAAUCACCGCCAGAGUAGAGAAUAUCGUGUCCUCGUUGUUACUUGAUAGCCGACAACGCCACCAGGAUAACGCGAAAGACAUUGCUGCGGAAUCCAAAGAGUUUGCUCUACUAUUAGCUUGCGGUUUGCAGCAGCCACAAGAUGUUCCAGAUGCUGAGAGCCUUUUCAGAAGUAAUGAAUUGUCUGGAGAAGACGCGCAGAAGAUUAUACGAGAGGUGCAAGACGUCGUGGACUCCUUUACCCUUGAUAAAGUUCACACGUAG